AUGAGCGAGGCAGAUAUGAAGGGAAAGCGCAAAGAACGUGAAAAUGAAAUUGAGAGGAAGAAGGUGAAGAAGGAGAAGACAGAGAAGAAAGAUAAGAAAGAUAAGAAGGUUAAAAAGGAAAAGAAGGAUAAGAAAACAGAGGCGGUUACCAAAUCAAGUGAAAUCAAAGGCUCAGAGGCGCCCCAGAAAGCUGUGGAAAAUGCCGUCUCUGCUAGUGAGGCGCGCGAGUUUCUUGAGACUAAUAACAUUACAAUUGAAAUGCCUGAAGAAUCGAAUGACAAGCCACCACGCCCAAUGCUUUCAUUCUCAGAGCUUGAAGGGAAAAUUGAUCCAGAUCUGAAAAAACGUCUAGAUGCUGAGGGAUUUACCAAGCCUACUUUGAUCCAAUCAUGCUGUUGGCCUGUACUCUUUCUGGGUCGUGAUAUUGUGGGUGUUGCGGAGACUGGCUCAGGAAAAACCCUUGCCUUUGGCAUCCCAGCUCUUCAAUAUGUGAUUGAAAAUAAAUCUUUAAUUAAAAAUCAAAAGGGCGUGGUGCAGGUAUUGGUCGUGGCCCCAACCCGUGAACUAGCUAUUCAGACAAGAGACAAUCUAGCGCGAGUGAGUGAGCCGCUAGGAUUUGGUGUCUACUGUUUGUACGGAGGAGUAUCAAAAGGGGAGCAAUUACGAGAACUAAACAACUUUUCGCUUCCUGUGCAUAUUAUCGUUGGCACGCCUGGUCGGAUUCUUGAUUUGGCUCGUGAAGGAUCACUUGAUCUUAGUCAUGUAAGCUACUUGACAUUGGAUGAAGCGGAUCGAAUGCUCGAUAAAGGAUUCGAACCAGACAUUCGUGCAAUUAUUGGUAUGACAAAGUCGCAUGAGGAUGGUCGCCACACCAACAUGUUUAGUGCCACUUGGCCGCCAGCUGUCCGUGGCUUAGCAGAAACCUUCAUGCGUUCACCUGUUCGAGUAACUGUGGGAAGUGAUGAGUUGAGUGCGAACCGUCGUGUUUCUCAAUCGGUGGAGGUUCUGCAAGAUGGGCGUGCCAAGGAGCGCCGCUUGAGUGACUUUUUAAGGUCGAUUCAAGCGAACAAGACAAAUGACAAAAUUCUCAUUUUUGCUUUGUACAAGAAGGAGGCACAGCGCGUAGAAAAUACGCUGCGUCGGUGGGGCUAUCGUGUUUCUGGUAUUCAUGGAGACUUAAGCCAGAAAGAUCGCAUUGCUAAUCUCAAUGCUUUCAAGACAAAUGAGACGCCCUUACUUGUGGCAACGGAUGUGGCUGCAAGAGGUCUGGAUAUUCCUAAUGUCGAGCAUCCAUUGAAGAUUAUAUUCAUCGUAUUGGGCGUACAGGGCGCGGUGGGAAAACAGGAAAAGCUCUCACUUUUUUCACUGAUGAAGACAAGGCACAUGCUGGCGAGCUUAUUCGUGUGUUGA